AAAAAGACAUGUGCCACCACAGCCCAGGUUUAUUUUAUUUCAUUUUGUUUUAUUUAUUUGUUUAUUGGUUGGUUGUUUUUGUUUGUCUGUUCGUUUUACACUUGAUCUUAGCCAAAAGGCCGAGAAGCGAUGUGUCUGUUCAUUUUGACACAGGAUUUCUCCCUGUGGCCCUGGCUGUUCUAGAACUCGCUCUGUAGACCAGAGUGGCCUCAAACUCAGAGGUCUGCCUGCCUCUGCCUCCCAAGUACUGGGACUAAAGGCGUGUGCCACCAUCACCUGGUUUAUUUUUAUGUUUUUAAUUGUGGUGCUGUACAUUUAGGAUGUGUGGUGUGCCCAUUUGUUUAUCUAUUUGCAGCCAAGCACAUUCUCAUUGUUCUGCAAGUAAUAUCUGGAACCAAUCUUACAAAACGAAGGAAGCUACCUCUAGGACACCUCCCACUUCCCUUCCCAGCCCUGGCAACCUCCCUUCUGCUUCUGGGGCGUGGUCAGUCUUUUUAUAACCCUGCUGUGUUUCCAUGGUGUUCUUCGAAUGGUUAUUUGCUUUCAUUUUGAGCCCUGUCUGGAAGUUUCUUCUAGCCUUCUGCUGCCUCAUGUGUCCCUUCCAGAGGUCUUGGGAGAAACCGACCCUCGCACUGGCUUCCUUUGCUGCAUCUCUGGAGGUUACGGUGCAAUCUUUGGAGCCUGUGUGAGCCCUGCGAUAGCUGAGUUAGAGGUCGGCUUCUGCUGGAAACUAAGUGAGACAUUAAGAGAUGACUCCAACAGAGGCGCGGUGGAAUUCAGAGUCCCCCUGAUCUGAGUCUUGGAGGCCUCAUCCUGCUCCAUGUACAGAAGCUGUGCCCCUGAAGCCCAUAGGCCCCACAGACCCCACCUGAGAUGUCUUCUUUUGCUUGCUGGAACCUGUCUCUAACCCUUCUUGUCCUGUUCUGCAGCCCAGGGUCUGGUGAAAAGGCCUUUGAAGUCUACAUACGGUCCGAGAAGCAGAUAGUAAAAGCCACAGAGGCUUGGAGAGUCAACUGCAGCACCAGCUGUGCAGCCCCAGAGAUCGGUGGUCUGGAGACCCCUACGAAUAAGUUAAUGUUGGAAGAGGACCCUCAUGGGAAAUGGAUAGAAUUCCUAGUCUCAAACGCCACUGUCGACACGGUCUUACUUUGCCAUUUCACUUGUUCGGGAAAGCAGCAGGCAGAGAGUUUCAACAUCAGGGUGUAUGAGCCUCCAGCUCAGGUAACACUGAAACUGCAGCCCCCUCGAGUGUUUAUGGGUGAAGCCUUCACCAUUGAAUGCAAGGUGCCCUCUGUGAAGCCCCUUGAGAGCCUCACCCUCUCUCUGCUCUGUGGCAGAGAGACCCUGAAGAACCAGACAUUUGGGGGAGCUGAAACUGUCCCAGAAGAGGUCAUAGCCAUAUUCAACAGCACAGCUCUGAAAAAGGAUGGUCUUAACUUUUCCUGCCAGGCUGAGCUGGAUCUACGACCCCACGGUGGGUCUCUCUACCGCCGCAUCUCAGAGUACCAGAGCCUUGAAGUCUAUGAAAUAAGGCAAGACAACCAGAUGGUCAUCAUCAUUGUAGUGGUGUCAAUACUUCUGUUCUUAUUCGUGACAUCCGUCCUGCUUUGCUUUAUCCUCGGCCAGCACUGGCACAGGAGGCGGACAGGUACCUACGGGGUGCUAGCUGCCUGGAGGAGGCUCCCCCGAGCCCUCCGGGGACGCUGACAGGCGCCUGGGAGUUCCCAGAACUCAACAUGGCGCCUUCAAGGUGUGGUUCAGCGCUGGCUGAAGGACUGUGGCAGCAGCAGAAGAUUUGGGGGACAUUUCCUUUUUUAGCCUCAAUACAAAUACCUGGAUUUCA